AUGACACAAACAACGGGAGACGAGCCGCAGGCCUUCCUCAUUACAGAGAAAGAGCACCAGAACCGUUCUUAUAGUCCCAAGACGCUGCAGAAGAUCCUGGAAGCGCUUCAUCAGGAUGGCCUGGUCGUUCUGAAAGGAAUUAUCAACGUGGAACACAUCGAUGCAUUGAAUAAAGCCAUGUGCGAAGACGCCGAGAAGAUCAUUGCAGACGACACUAAAGAGUACAACCACAACGUGAAAUCAAACUUCCUCCAAAGGCCACCGGUAGACCGACCCGAGCUGCUUUACGAAGAUGUCUACUUCAACCCCUAUCUUCUGCAAGUCGCCAAUGCCUACCUCGGCCACAAGCCCAUCUGGAACUGGCUCACAGCCAACACCGCCAUCGCCAACACCCCGGGCCUCCGCCAGCCCGCGCACAAGGACUCGUCCUUCGCGCACCCGCGCUACCCCUACUACUUCAUCGCCAACGUGCCGCUCGUCGACUUCACCGCGCAGAACGGCGCGACCGAGUUCUGGCUGGGCUCGCACGCCGCCACGUCCGUCGACGACCAGGCGCUGGCGACGGACCCCGCCAAGCUGAGCCGCUACUUCAAGCUGGGCGAGCGCACGCCGUGGAUCGCAGACGCGGCCCAGGAGGCGCGCAGGGUCGUGCGCGCGCCGCUGCAGCCCGAAGUCAGCCGCGGAGACGUGAUGAUCCGGGACCUGAGGCUGUGGCAUGCGGGGAUGCCGAAUCGUAGUGGUGAGCAUAGGAUCAUGCUCGGCCUGGGGUAUCAGAGCCCGUCGCAUCCCAACUUCACGAUGCGGACACAUCUCCCUGCUUCUCAGCAGGCCUUUUUCCUCGGCCAUGCGCAGGACAAGGUUGAGGUGAGGGCGAACUUUUAUGGCGCCGAGGAGUUCGCGAAGACAACUGCGGAUGAAUUCUUUGACUUGCGCCCAACCUAUGAAGAUGAAUGA